AUGGGGAACAUUUUUGGCAACCUCCUAAAGAGUCUUAUAGGGAAAAAAGAGAUGCGGAUUUUGAUGGUCGGCCUGGAUGCAGCUGGGAAAACCACAAUCCUGUACAAACUGAAACUUGGAGAGAUAGUCACGACGAUUCCCACCAUCGGGUUUAAUGUGGAGACAGUGGAGUACAAGAACAUCAGUUUCACAGUGUGGGAUGUCGGUGGUCAGGACAAAAUCAGGCCUUUGUGGCGACACUACUUUCAGAACACACAGGGCCUGAUAUUCGUGGUGGACAGUAAUGACCGAGAGAGGGUGAAUGAGGCCAGAGAAGAGCUGAUGAGGAUGCUAGCUGAAGAUGAACUGAGAGAUGCAGUGCUGCUGGUGUUUGCCAACAAGCAGGAUCUGCCAAACGCCAUGAACGCAGCAGAGAUCACUGACAAACUGGGCCUUCACUCACUCCGCCACCGUAACUGGUACAUCCAGGCCACUUGCGCCACCAGCGGCGACGGCCUGUAUGAGGGCCUCGACUGGCUGGCCAACCAGCUCAAGAACAAGAAGUGAGUCGAAUCUGUGGACGGCUGAGCUGCAGCUCAUCAGGGAGCACCAGUGGGUUUUUUUUUAUUGUGUUUACAAGAUGAGAGUGGAGAGAACAGGCCAGCUCAGAGUCCAGCUGCUUAGCCUGUACUUUUCACACUUUGUAAAAAUGUCACUUUAAACCCCCACUCCCAUUCUGCUGAAUCUACUAUGAUUAUAUAAUGAUAGAAAAUAAGUAGCACAUCUCCAUAUCAUGUUUUUUUCUGUUUUGUUAGUGGCCAGAAAGGUAGUUGAAUGGUGUGACUUGAAGUGAUUCAGUAAUAGUGUUGGGUAAGUUACUCAAAGAAAAUAAUACACUACAGAUUACUAAUUACUACUUUAAAGUUGUAAUCUGAUUACAUUACUGAUUACUGCAUGUAAAAAGUAAUCGGAUUACUAAUUACUUUACUUUCCAGUUACUUUCAAAACCUAUCAAACAUUCAAAAAUACACUACAAAGUGAAACUCAUAGUUAUUUCAGUAAUUUUAGCGCACGUCAAUGCAGGAUAUGAUCAGGUUGGAUUUAUCAUAAAACUUGCCUCAGGUGUUGUCACUGUUUGUAGGAAUACCAGACCGAUAAAAUAUAAAACUUUUAUAACUAGGCUAGUUUGGUGUCGCUAGCCAAAGGAGAGGCACAGCUAAGCUAUCAUUGUAUGGGUUUAGCUGCUACAGUGCCAUGCAGAGUAUAUCUUUCCUUAUGCUCUGUUCAUAUCAUGUUCAUGUAAACUGGAACUCAUUUACACACCUUGUUUUCCUGCUCGGCAUCAGAGGAUUUUAUUUCAGU